AUGGACACGACGUGCUACGAGUGGAAGCACGUGCAGUUCAAAGCGCAGUCGCAGGAGUUAAAGGGCUCCUAUUGGAAGCGGAUGUGUGGGAAGAUCCUGGAGCACCCAUACGUCGCGGCACAGGCAGAGCUCCUGGCGGGGCCACGGCGAAACUCCACAGGGGGCAGGAGACUCAGCGCCGUGGCCCAGACAGCCCGAUCGGCUGUCAGCGGCCUGAACUUCGAGACCCUCGCAGUAGCCGCCUCGAAGGCUGUGGUUGGCUCUGCGAUGAGCCUUGGAGGAUCCUCCGGUGUUCCAGAUGCUCCGGCAGAUUCCAUCGGCACUUCAGGCGCGCGGAAAUCCUGGAAGAAGUUCCUGUCCAAGCAGAUGACCAGCAUGUCUGCCCGGCGGUUCCCCCUGAUGCAAGAGUUGCACAAAAUACCGAAUUUGGCCCCAUCGCGACAGGUCCAAAGGAGACUCUGGCCCAAGGAGGCCGCGACACACCCCGAAGGACAGUCGGCCGACAGUGUCAAGAUGUGA